AUGUCUGGCCUCGUAUCGUCCGUCCGUAAUACCCUCCUCCCGGGUCACCGUCACCCCGUACCCGACACGCCUACCUCGCCGGUACACCAUGCCUGGACCCUCUCCCGUACCCUCAGAUCGUACCUCCCGGAUUGGUUCCUGGUGGUCUCUCUAUGGAUCCUUCUCUCCUUUCUCGAACGGAUUGGCGGACACAAGCGUCACUUUUCCUUGCAUGACAUUUCCAUCCAGCACCCGCUCGUUCAGCCAGAGACGGUCGGGUACAAGCUGUUGCUCUUCAUCGCCUUUGGGAUCCCGGUGUUAUUCGUCCUCCUCAUCAGCUUGGGGAUAUAUAGGAGCAAAUGGGACGCUCAUAACGCCGUAUUGGGUGUGACGACGUCUUUUACGAUCACCGGCGUCGUCACACAAGUGAUCAAGAUGGGUGUCGGUCGACCUCGACCUCAUACCAUCGCCGUCUGUCAACCCCCACCGGGGACGACCGAUCCGCCCAUGUACGGCCUGUCCGACUAUACCAUCUGUACGCAGACGAACAAGCACCUGCUGGACGACGCUUUCAAGAGCUUUCCGAGUGGACAUUCGAGCCUUUCGUUUGCGGGCAUGGGGUUCUUGGCUUGGUACAUCUCGGGAAAGUUGCAUGUGGGGGACAGAAGGGGUUACCGGACCCGAGCGUGGUUGGCCAUGUCCCCGCUCCUCGCAUCCGCCAUGGUCGCCGUCUCACGUACAGCUGACAACCGACAUCACUGGCAAGACGUCACCGUCGGCUCGCUUUUGGGACUCGGAAUCUCUUAUGUGGCCUACCGAGCGUAUUAUCCCGCCCUCUCGCACCCCUCAUCCCACCUUCCCCUUGCGCCGCGCGACCUCCUCCCCUCCGAGAUGGGUGACGGGGACGAAGAGGACCAGCAGGAUCGGAUCGGGCGCGAGUUCAGGGACGAGGAUGGGGAUGGGAUGGACGAUCGGGUGGUGCCGAGACCGAGCGAGGAGCAGGUCUGGAGGGAUUAG